AUGGUUGUGUAUACGCUUGAACAACGCUGGGAAAUAUUGCGACGUUACUUUGAAAAUCAUGGUAAUGUUGCAGAAUGUGUGCGAAAAUUGCGUACGGAUUUUGGAAGAAAUGAAGCACCGUCAGCUCCGUAUGUUCGUUACCUUGUGAAAAAAGUGAAAGAAACUGCCAUCCUCAUCGAUAAACCAACGCGUGAAAAGCCAAAAACAGUGCGUACACCCGAGAAUAUUGCUGCUGUGGCCGAAAGUGUGCGUGAAACGCCAUCAACAUCAGUUCACCGUCGUUCUCAACAAUUGGACAUUUCGGAGACAUCAUUGAGACGAAUUUUGCGUAAAGACCUUGGUAUGACGCCGUACAAAAUCCAAUUGGUUCAGGAGUUGAAGCCAACUGACCAUCCAAUGCGUUUUCGCUUCGCUAAGUGGGCCUGCGAUCGACUUGCAGAAGAUGCGGAUUUUGCCAAAAAAAUCAUCUUUUCAGAUGAAGCUCAUUUCGAACUUGGCGGGUAUGUAAACAAGCAGAAUUGUCGCAUUUGGGGCACAGAAAACCCGCACGCAUUCAUCAAAAAGCCGGUAUACCCAAAACGAGUCACUGUUUGGUGCGGAUUUUGGUCCAGAGACAUAAUUGGGCCAUUUUUCUUCGAAAACGAGCAAGGUGUGGCCGUUACAGUCAAUGGCGAUCGUUAUCGGGCCAUGUUGAACGAAUUUUUGUUCACAGAAAUUGAAGAGGAGGAUAUUGGCAACAUUUGGUUUCAACAAGACGGCGCAACGUGCCACACAGCCGACGCUACACUUGAUGUUUUGCGCCCUGUUUUUGAAAAUCGCAUUAUCAGCCGCAGAGCUGAUGUCGUUUGGCCACCUCGGAGCGGCGAUUUGACACCGUUGGACUAUUAUUUGUGGGGUGCCGUCAAAGAUAAGUGUUACGCCGACAAGCCAGAGACAAUUGACGCUUUAAAGGACAAUAUUCGUGAAGCCAUUGGUGAAAUACAGCUGCACACAAUCGAUAAUGUACUCAAAAAUUGGACCGAUCGUGUAGGCUACUGCAUGGCCAGCCGAGGCAGCCAUUUGAAUGAAAUUAUUUUCCAUCAUUAA